CAUUUUUCCCGCCCUUUUGGCUCCACAGACGAGCCUCUCGCACACAGGCGAACACGAGAUGUUGAAGUUUCUCGCCAAAAGAGAGGCGGAGAGAUCGACUUUCAGAGUCUUACGAUGUCUUGAGUAACGUGUAUAUAACCAUUGCAACAUCGCUGCUGAAAUGUUGUAAUCGCCCUCAUCACACUCAGCUUCAUCAACAAUAUCAGCAACUUCAGAAACAUUUCAUCUACAGUCAUCCCUAUUUAUCAUUGACAUCUCCGGCAUUUUAUAAUUACAUACGUCUUACCACCAACCAACAUGAUGAACAAGCUCGUCUUCGCUCUGGCCAUGGCCUCCGCCGCCGUUGCUGCUCCUCUCAACGCCCGCCAGGACGCAUGCCAGGACGCCUACAAGGCCUGCAUUGCCGCCGGUACCCCAGAGGUUGCUUGCUCUUGCACUCUGACCGCCUGCGUCGGUGAGGAUAACGCUCGCAACCGCGAGUACUGUGCCUCCGCGACGGCCAACCUCCCCAAGCCCACCUCUACCGGCAUCCCCGGCGGCUGCAACCCGGCUCAUCCCGGAUCUUGCCCCUCCUCUUACUUCACCUACACCACUGCGACUGCCACCGCCGCUCCCGCGCCAACCUUCACCUCCAUCUCCGGAAUCCCGGGUGGCUGCAACCCUGCUCACCCCGGAUCCUGCCCUUCGUCCUACUUCACCUACCCGACCCUCACCGCCACCGCGGUGCCUACUCCCGCACCCACCUCCGGAUCCGGCGGAAGCGCCCCCGCCUACCCCAACCCCAAGGCAGUCGAGGGUAAGACUUGGACGAUCAAGGACAUGACCCGUUACUGCGGCGAGAAGAACGACGGCUGCGACUACAACUUCGCCAUCGAGGCUGAUGGCAAGACUGAGCGCUGCACCGUCAUCCGCAUGCCCGGCUCCAAUGCGGCCACCGAGAGCUGGUCCGACCAGCCUUGCACCUCCGGCUCCAACUUCAAGGUCUCGUGGGGCUACGUUGCCAACCCCGCCCCUGCCUUCGCCGUCGUCACCGUCGUCAACGGCAAGGAGCUUGCUUGGUUCGGUGUCUCUGACAUCAACGGCAAGCCUGUCACCACUGCUCCCUCCAGCCCCUUUGGCUCUGGACAGUUCGGCAACCUCGGCCCCGAGCAGGUUUAUACCUACUGAGCGGCUUUGAAGAAUUCGACUGAAAAUUUGCAUACAUUGCUUUUAGCGACUAUUGAUUUAACGAUACGAUACACCGAGGCAUAUGAUACGAAGCAUAGAGGACGCACCCAAAACUAGACACUCAUUAUGAUAAUGUUCAAUACUCCCUGUACGAGUUAUAUGUACAAAUACACAAUCCUUAAUUAUUUACUCCUGCAAAAGAUCUUAGCGCCCAAUGUCUCUCUUGUUGUGGUGCUCAUUAGCUUGAUAAUCUCCCUCGGCUGAUAUUUGUGUACAAAAUUUCUAGCUUGCGACGAGUAUGGGCAUGCCCUCGCUGGAUUUGAUCCACACUGAGCUUGAUAAUGUAGACGCAUUUCGUGGUACCAAUUCGUGCACGUGACGAAUCUGCCUCUUCUCAUCUAAACGUGUCAAUUGAGAUCGCGGACUCGCCGUGGUGAAAAAGAGCCGGCGGACGUUUGGAAUUUGCUUGAAAACCUUAAUAAAGUGUGAAAUCCACUAAAUGCUUGCACAUAACCCCUUCAGCUUUUCGAAUCAGAGACUGCACAGACUCAUUGUACUGAGUCAAGAAGCUUUCACGGGGGAUUAUGUGUUUAAGGAGUAGAAAAAGGGGGAGAUUGAAGCGU